UUCAGAGGGUGUGAGUCAAGAUGAGGGCUCUGGUGGUUUUCCUCCUGGCAGCGCUGGGCUGCAGUCAGGCUGAAGGCAGAAAUGUGACCAAAUGUGAGCUGAGGGACGAACUGAAGACGACGAUCGGUCGCCUGCAGGAGGAGGCAAAGCAGAAAAGACUGCCUGUGGAUGUCGUAGUGGCACACGCUGUCUGUCACGCUCAGUUUGCAUCAGGUUUUGACACCAGUGCUGUGAACCAGCUGGACGCCGGGACUGAGAAGCAUCACGGCAAGGGGAAGAGAGAUACGAGCUACGGGGGCUUGUUCAGCAUCGCCGAGCUGGACGAGGUCACAUCCCCGCCGCCCGUCCGGGGCCGGCGCCACGCCGGGAAGCCUCCUUCAAAGCCCAAGUCGACACCACCCAAGCCUCCACAUGUGGAUGACAACAUCUGGACUCUCUACGGCCUUUUCCAGCUCAGUAACCACCUGGUCUGCAGCGACGGAGAGUCUCCAUCACCCAACAUCUGUGGGAUGAGCUGCAGCCAGUUGACUGAUGACGACAUUGAUGACGACAUCAACUGCCUGCUCACGAUCUUCCAAAAUCUCCUUGAGAAGGGUUUUGGAUACGAGCACCGGAAGGAGUUAAUGAUGAUGGUCAGACUCAUCUACCAGCCGGAGUGCAGAGCAAUCACAGCGUCUGAGUACUUCACUGACUGCCCGUCAGAUACAUCCUCCUAAUGUCAUCGCUGGAGGGUUUAACCUUUUUCCUAGAAAGAGUGUCAAGGUGAUUUCUCACAUUAAUAAAGUGAAGCAUGCUGCA